UCUUCUUCUUCUUCUUCACAUUUUUCACAAAUACUUCUCUUUGCUUUGUUGUUCUUGUGAUUUCUCUCUCUCUCUCUCUCUCAAUCUUCUUUACCUCUUAGACUCUCCAUUAUUUCUGUAUUAUCUCACUUUAAAUGUAACUGCAACUACUUUUUCUUCUUCUUUGGUUUGUUUCAACUUCCUCUUGUUCCUUUUUUUAAGUCUCUUUUCACAAAAAUGUAAUUUUGAUUUUCGAUUAAAGUACCCUUUUGCUUUUUUUAAUUAAUGUCCGAAUCCUCAAAACUGUUCUAAACGAAUCCCAAACAAUGGUCUUAUUCAUGGAAUCUCGUUAAUCUUGCAUUAUACCUAUUUCACUUUAUGAACAUUCUUCUAAGAGAUUCUAAACUAUAGAAAAAUGCAGGUUGUGAUUAUGGGUUUUCGUUAAUUUUGCUGGAUUUCCCUCCUUAGCUAGACAUUCAAAAUUCAUAUUUGAAUAAUUUCAAUUUGAAUUUUUAGUAUGUAAAAUUAUUGGAAUGCUGCUAAGUUUUGUUCUAUUUUGGUUUACCUUUGUUUCUUGGAGCGAGUUUUGUAUGGAGGAUAAUCUAGAGAGAAUAGAAGGGUAGUUUUGGAUCUUGGAUUUGUUAUGGCUGAGAAAUAGUUUUCACUUUCAUCUUUGAGGAGAGUUUCUAAAUUCUACACUUUUUGUGAAGUGUUUUUGACUAUCUUUGAGUUUCAAUUGAAUAUGUAAAUCCAAAGUGCUUUUUAUUCAAUUAACUUGUUCAUUUGUCAUUCAUUACAAUAUAUCCAAAAAUUCUUCAUAAAUUCUUUGAAAUGUAAAUUAUCAUUUUUUUGGAUUCAUUUAUUCAUUUUCUUCAUUAUGAGCAAUCAACAAUUGAACUACACUUUCUUCAAGCUUUUCUGUUUAGGAUAGUAUGUAAAAUUCUGGUCUCCCUGCCCGGCCGGAGUUAUAUCGAUAUUUUCACCUAUGCAACUUUAAUCACUAUUUUACCUCUAGAGCUCUCUUGAAAACUUAAGAUCAAUAUUAAUUCCUUAGUAUUCCAAAUCUUUAAUGGAAGAAACAUUUGUUCCCUUCCGCGGGAUUAAGAAUGACUUUAAAGCAAGAAUUAUGUGCUACAAACAAGAUUGGACCAGCGGAUUCCGAGCAGGUGCAAGGAUCCUUGCACCAACAUUAUACAUAUUUUUUGCUUCAGCAAUUCCUGUUAUUUCUUUUGGGGAGCAACUGGAGAGAAACACCGAUGGAACUCUCACUGCUGUGCAGACUCUUGCAUCAACAGCACUGUGUGGUAUUGUACACUCAAUUAUUGGAGGCCAACCUCUCCUCAUACUGGGUGUAGCCGAGCCAACGGUUCUAAUGUAUACAUUCAUGUACAACUUCGCUAAGGAUCGAAAGGAUUUGGGACACAAACUAUUCCUACCUUGGACUGGAUGGGUGUGUGUUUGGACUGCCCUGUUGCUCUUCUUGCUCGCUGUUCUCGGUGCGUGCUCCAUAAUCAACAGAUUCACACGCCUUACUGGUGAACUAUUUGGUCUUCUAAUUGCAAUGCUCUUUAUGCAGCAGGCUAUAAAGGGACUUGUGGAAGAGUUUAGUGUACCAAAGAGCCAGACAGAAGGUAUCAAUCAGAAUGCACUCCAAUCCUCUUGGCUGUUUGGCAAUGGAAUGUUUGCGUUAGUUUUGUCAUUUGGCCUUCUUUUUACUGGGCUAGGAAGCCGUAAGGCUAGAUCUUGGCGUUAUGGGACAGGUUGGCUACGGGGAUUUGUAGCUGAUUACGGAGUCCCGCUAAUGAUUCUCCUAUGGACUGGUGUGUCUUACAUACCAGUCAACAACGUGCCGAGGGGAAUCCCUAGGCGGCUUUUCAGUCCGAAUCCAUGGUCUCCUGGUGCAUACACAAAUUGGACUGUUGUCAAGGAGAUGUUGAAUGUGCCUCCAUUAUACAUUAUUGGAGCAUUUAUACCAGCAACUAUGAUUGCUGUGCUUUACUACUUUGAUCACAGUGUUGCAUCGCAACUCGCGCAGCAAAAGGAGUUCAAUAUAAGAAAACCUUCAUCUUAUCAUUAUGACUUACUUCUCCUCGGCUUUUUGACCAUAUUGUGUGGGCUAAUUGGAAUCCCUCCUUCCAAUGGUGUGAUUCCACAAUCUCCAAUGCAUACCAAGAGCUUAGCUACUCUAAAACAUCAGAUUUUACGGCAUAAGCUUGUAUCAACUGCACGAACAAGCAUGCAGAAAAACAUGAACCUGAGCCAGUUAUACCAAAGUAUGAAAGAAGCAUAUGAUGUAAUGCAAACACCAUUGGUUCCCCAAAUGCCACCUACCUUGGGGCUGAGAGAGCUGAAAGAGUCUACCGUUGCACUGGCUUCAAGUCAUGGAUACAUUGAUGCCCCUGUCGAUGAAAUUGUUUUUGAUGUGAAUAAGGAUGUUGAUGACCUUUUGCCGGUUGAAGUUAAAGAGCAGCGCCUCAGCAACCUACUGCAGUCAUUGAUGGUUGGGGCUUGUGUUGCUGCUAUGCCUCUUUUGAAGAAGAUACCCACUUCAGUGCUUUGGGGUUACUUUGCCUUCAUGGCCAUUGAAAGCUUGCCAGGAAAUCAGUUUUGGGAGAGAAUAUUGUACCUUUUCACUGCUCCAAGUCGAAGAUACAAAUUGCUGGAGGAACACCAUGCCACCUUUGUUGAGACUGUGCCUUUAAAAGCAAUUGCCUUGUUUACUCUGUUCCAAACAGCUUACUUGCUUCUCUGCUUUGGCAUAACCUGGAUACCGAUUGCCGGAGUCCUUUUUCCAUUGUUAAUCAUGCUUCUUGUCCCAGUUCGGCAAUAUUUUCUUCCACAUUUUUUCAAAGGAGCCCAUCUUCAAGAGUUGGAUGCAGCUGCAUACGAGGAAGCACCUGCCAUUGCUUUCAACAUGUCCUUUGAUGAUGUAAGUAACCAUGCAGCAACAGUCAAUAUCAGCGGUGGGGAAAUUCUUGAUGAAAUUAUUACAAGGAGUCGCGGAGAGAUUCGUCGCACUCAAAGCUCAAAAGCAUCAAGUUCAACUGCAACACCAAUAGGAGAUAUAAGACCAGCUAAUAGCCCACAAAUGUUACGAAGAAUUCCCAGCCCUCGAGUAACUGCAUUGAGAGGGGAAAGCAGCCUAGGAUUGAACGGAAAUGAGUUAAAGUUAAAGCAAACACCUUGAAAAAGAUCUGAAUGGUUAGCAUUCAAGUUAAAAUGUAUCUUUAUAACAAAUUAAUUUAAAGUAGUACUAAGUGAUGCUCUACAGGUUAUGUAUUUUUGACAAAAAGUCACAGUCUUGAUGUCUUUCUUUGUUUCAUUUUUUAACCUUUUUACCGCGAUAAUAGGUUGUUUGAAAGUUUUAAUUAAUCCUUACUAUAUAAAAAGGGCAGGAAUAUUUCCAAGUUGAUGGAA